AUGAAUGACGCAGCAACCAACCCGAACAAGAAAGAUGUCAAGCAACUUAGGGACAGCAAAGUUUCUAACAGACAGUCAGACAGAACUAUCAGAUACGAAAGAAGAACAGUCAAGGAAACAACUCCCCUUAGGACCCAACUAUACGCAAAGAAACCCAACACUCAAACAAAACAACUACAAGCCCUUACAACCCAAAGCGACGCCAAACAACCCCAAACCCCAACAGCCCAAAACCAAAUG